AUGCCUUCUCCAGAGCAGCCUGCCGAAAGUGGUGCUUGUAGUGGCGCUGAGUCCGUUGGCGAUAGUCGGGAAGAACCUGGACUACCUGGGGGGACUCCGAGCUCGCAGCACCAGUGGCAACGCUGGACUGAGGAGGAGUGGCAGCUGUGGAAUACCGGCAGAUGGGCUGGAUGGAGUGGGAGCCAUGCACCUUCUACUGGGGAUGCCAAUGACUAUAGUGGGGAUACUACUGAACAUGCUAGCCGGGAAGACACCUCUAGGAGGGGUACCAAGUCCACUGACCCUUGGAAUGCUUGGAAAGAUCCAUGGAACCGAAGUUCUUUGGGGAGCCAACGUGAUGAUGCAGUAGAUGAAAGGGUUGGGGGAGCUAGCGACAAGAUAGUGGUUCCGGAGUUUACUGGUGAAGAGGAUAAAGAAGGGUCCAAGACUAGGAGCUAUCUUAGGAAGAUAGAGGCCUGGAGGAGAGUCACGAGGUUGAAACCAAACAAACAAGCACUUGUCCUCUAUAAUGGACUCACAGGGAAGGCUUGGAGGGACGCGGAAGACCUUGACGUCUCCCUGCUGGACCACGUGGACGGCGUCAACCGCUUCGUGGAGUGGAUCACCCAGCGGUACCUGGACAAAGAGGUGGUCAAAGCCGGGAAGUACAUGAGCGACUUCUUCAAGUACUUCAAGAGGACCCAGAACCAGGACAUCCGGGACUUCAAUGGAGAGUUCGACAGGCACCUGUCGAAGCUACGUGAGGUGGGGUGCCAACUUCCAGGAGUUUGCAGCUCAUGGUGGUAUGUGGACAAGCUCCGUCUUGACAACACGACGGAGCUCAGUUUGCUGUCGUCCGUGAACAACCAGUACGACCUGACCAAGUUGCAAGAGGCUGCUGUCGACGACAUCCCUGACGAGGGCGACACAGAGACGCAUGAGGCCUACGUCGCUUUCAAGAAUGCCAAGACCAAGUACAACGACGUCCUGAAGGCGAGAGGAGCCUUGUCUGGGAAGUCGAAGGAGGAGGCCUUGCAGUUGGCGAAGGCGAGAUCCUAUUGCUCAGCUUGUGGAAAGAAGGGCCACUGGCACAAGGACCCCGAGUGUCCGAAACACAAAGGCAAACCUCAACCGGGAUCUACGCACACCACCCAUGUCGUCUUCUACACGGACAACGAGGGCCUGGAGACCAUCGUGGACUGUGCUUGCAGCAGGACUUUGGCAGGAUCUUCUUGGGCGAGGCGCUACUUGGAGAAGCUCAAGCAGGAGAAGAUCCCCUACAUCAUGAUCGAGCAGGAGGAGAACUUCAAGUUUGGUGGGCCGACCAUCUACCCCUCUCGACGUGCCAUUGUGAGUUGGCUGGCACUGAGGGGAAGGUGGUUCAUGAUCAAGAUCUCCGUGGUGGCCGCCAACGUGCCUUUGCUCUUGAGCCGACCGGUGUUGGCUUCUUUGGGGAUGCGCUACAUGAUGGAGGAGAACAUGGCAGACUUCACGAAGCUGGACCUGAAGGGUGUGGCCUUAGGUUUCACCUCCACUGGGCACCCUCGAGUUGAUGCCGUUGAUUUUGGACCUGAGGUCCCAUCUUGGCCUGAAAAGGUCGAUUGGAGUGUCACCGAAGUGCACGUGCCGGACCUGGCACACGGAGCGGUGGAAGCAUACAUAGCGAGGAACAAGCUUUGUCAAGGGAUUUCUGGAUUGAGACGGAAGACAACCUUUUUAGAAUCCACAUCACUCCAAGGAGAACGUGCUUUGAUCCAAAUAGGUGGAACACAGGUGAUGCCAACCUCAAGAAGCAGUUGCUGUGCAGUCUUCAUGAAGUACGUGAAUCAACAUGCAUACCGUGUCAUGGUAGUGGUCACACCCUUCGGCUUGAACAUCUUUGGCAACAUGAGCAUGCUCCAAUGGCAGAGUUUUUGUGGAUUGGCCGCAGCCGUUUUCGUCGUCGACGUGCGACGGAGCAAGCUCACGACCGACCAAUUCGAGACCCCCCGGAUGUCCCAGCAGACCACCAAGUCGCCAUGGAAGAUGAAGCGGGACGAGCUGGCCGACGAGCUGGUGAAGAUGGGGUGCCCUGUCCGACCGAACUGGACAGUGCCAGAGUUGCGCUCCUUGCUGAUCGAGAAGAUGGACCUGCAGGGAGACCAGAGCCACAAGACGAAGGGGAUCACGCACAUGUGCCUGCAGGACCUGACCGCGAAGUGCCUGGAGGAGGGACUUCCACUUCCCCGCAAACCGACACGGGGACUGCUUAUGAGAAUGUUGAGGGAGAACACCCCACCAGAGGACACAGAGAAGGUCUGUUUCGGGUCCUACAAGGGGUACAUGUACAAGGAGGUGAACCAAGAGUACCUGGAGUGGACGAUGCGGGAGGUUGCAGCCAAUCCGCAACACAGCCCCGACCUGGCACGACUGGCACGAUGGGCACAAGCCCGCAAGACGAGGCCCCCUCCAACUGGAGCCGCCUCGGGCAGUGGGGAUCCCGAGCAAUCUCCCUCAUUGCCGGUGCCAGAGAGUGCAGGCGGAGGCUUCGCUGGACGAGGAGAUCAAGGACAUGGAGACUCGCCUUCACAUCAUGAAGGCAGCCAAGGAAGCGGAGAAGAAGAGGUUGGAGGCGGGACUGGAGGAGAGUCCCAAGUUCAGCACUCCCGGACGUGGAUGAAGAAGAGAGCCCAUUGGGCGAAGUUGAAGGAGCUCCACAACAUCAAGAAGAAGAUGAAAGCCCCCCUUCAAGGAGGACUGACCACGGACAAGAUCACCGCCUCUGACAUCUUGGACACUUCUGAGGAGCCCUACGUCAUUGACGAGCCCUACGUGCCUGCGGAGGAGUUCGACGUUGAGGAGACUGAGGAGUCCGACUACAUCGACCUCGACGAGUACGAGUUUGAGGAGAAGACUGGAGUGCCUAAGGUGAAGCUCAGGUAUCCUGUGGACUAUGAGGACGUGAAGAAUCUUCCAUCGAAGAAGAUGAGGCGGAAUCAGAAGAAGAAGGUUAAAGGAUGGGUCCAUCGGGCCCUGUUGUGCCUGUCAACGACUUUGUUGGCAUGUGCCACUCCAAUUGCGGCAGAACUACAUGAAGCAGUCGUGGAGCCGGCUAAGGACCUGUGCAAGGCGGUGCUUGGCCCCAAUACCCUCCAGGGCAAACGGGAGCCGAUAGCUCUUCUUGAGCUCUGGAUCGGCUCACCUCACAGCCGAGUUCGCAAGACGAGGCUACAACGCCAUGAUCUUUUUGAUCGCCUUCAGCAGGAGAGCGUCUUCGAUGACUUGAACUACAAGAAACCAGCGCUGCUGUGGGUGGCCCUGCCAUGUACCAAGUGGUCCCAGUGGCAGAGGCUCAACUUUGCACAGAGGAAGCAACAGCUGAGGAGAGAGAGGAAGAAGCAGAGGGAGUUGGUGCACUUCGCAGUGGAGUGUGCCUGGAACCAGAUCGCCAAUGGAGGAGAGGUGAUGUUUGAGCACCCUCGUUCCUCUGACCUUUGGGAUGACCACGCAAUGGAGGGUCUCAUGGAUAGCGACCUGAUGGUAUACUCCGACAUCGACAUGUGCUGUUAUGACCUGAGGGCCACCACGGAUGGUGGUAGGCUCAGGAAACCAACCCGCAUUGCUGCCUCUCACCCAAACCUGCUGAUUGGGAUGAACAGAAGCUGCCCAGGUAACCAUGAACACACCCCGACAGAAGGGAGGAACACCAAGUCAGCUGGGGUCUAUACACCGGCAUUUUGCCGAGCAGUGAUGCAGGGUUUUAAAGCCCAAGAGAGGAGCGUUUGGGUUGGAAGAGAUGAUCCCCGAGGCAAGACCUGGGAUGCCUACGCAGUGAAUGAGGCUGAGGACGGUGAGGAGGCUGGAAAGAUGAAGCAGAAGAUGUCUGGCAUUGAACUACCUGCACACGUACCUCAACCCCUUGCUCGAGCUCUAUGGCGGAUCCAUCAGAAUCUCGGGCACCCUUCCAACCAUGAUCUGGCUAGGCACCUGAAGCUAUCUGGGGCCUCGGAAGGUGCCGUCAAAGCUGCCCAGUCUAUCAGGUGCAGCUCUUGUGCAAGAUUGUCGAACCCCGGCACCAGGAGACCGGCGAAGUUGGUGCGGCCGCUUGAGUUCAACCAGGAGGUGGCGGUGGACACACUCAACCUCUACCUACAUGACAACACCAAGGUGUCCGUUCUCUCGGUGCUGGACCUCGCGACGGGCUACCACGUGGUCAAGAAGCUUCAAGGCCGUAAGUCGGCGGACUUGCUGAGGACGUUCACCGACUGCUGGCUUUCAUGGGCUGGUCCGCCACUUAGACUGGCCUGCGAUCAGGAACGGGGCUUCAUCAAGGAGUUCACGGACGGCAUCGAGAUGGGAGGUACGCAUGUGAAAUACAUUGCAGGCCAGGCUCACUGGCAAGCUGGAGCAGUUGAACGGCAGGGAGAAUGGUUCCGCGCUAUGUGGGAUCGAACUGUGACUCACUCUAUGCCCUCUGCAGACGAGGCUGAGUAUACCCUGGCGAUGGUAGCCGCAGCAAAGAACAACUUGAGAAGGAAGCAUGGCUACUCACCUGCCCAAUGGCUGUUCGGAUCUCAACCCCGCACAGGUGACGGGUUCCUGGACGAGGAGAAUGGAUUGUAUGAAAGAGAAGAACUGAGAUCACCAGAUGAGGUCUGGCGGCGGAAGCAAACUAUCAGACAGGCCGCUAGACAAGCAUUCAUACAGUCUCAGGCUGAUGACGCCCUGAAGAGAGCGGUACUCGGUAGGCCGAGGACCAACAAUGAGAUCUUCGAGGCUGGAGACUAUGUGUACAUCUUCAGGGUGGACAAGACAGCCAAGGGUGUUGCCAGACACCGACAGAAUAAAGGUGAGUGGAUUGGACCUGGAGUGGUCGUGGGAAAAGAGGGACCCUCGUACUGGGUAUCGAGGGGCGGCCGUUGUGUCCUUUGUGCCGCCGAACACCUCCGACCUGCAGAAUCAGAAGAGCUUGGAACAGCUUUCCAGACGAGAGCUGUCAAGGAAGAUCUGAUGAGAUUGGCACUCCGCCUUGAUGACAGUGAGGACGACGAGGAAGCCUUUGCUGACGCAACAGCACCCGUCUACCCAAAGAGACUGGUGAACUACGAGACUGUCCCCGAGCGUCGGGUCAGGGAAAAGGGAACUGUGAGGAUGCACAAGAGACCAGUACCACCAGGUGGAGAAGAACAAGGAGUUCGUCCUCGUCCCCUUCCACCUGUGCCUGACUCUGACUUUGAGGAGCUCUUGGACAAGGAGGUGGAAGCCUCUAGCAGUGCGGGGCCAGCUCGGCAGGCCUUGGUCGCAGAACGGCGAGUGCCAAAAUCAGCAAUCAAGCAGGUCGACAAGGAGAUCAAAUGGGAUGAUAUACCCACAGCCGAAAGACAACUUUACAUCGAGGCUGAGGACAAGCAAUGGAAGGAACACCUCAAGUAUGAGGCUGUCAGGGUACAUCCACCAGAAGAUGCUGAGAUUCUCCGCGACAAGGUCCCCAAGAACCGGAUCUUAAGUGCCAGAUUUGCAUACAGAGACAAGAAUGCUGCAAAGCGAAGGGAAGACCCUUCGGUGGGGCCAAAGGCAAAAGCGCGGCUAUGUGUGGGAGGACAUCGAGAUCCUGAUCUCCGACAUGGAACAGUUUCGACAGAAGCACCCACAGCUUCGAGAUGUUCGCUGACCACACUUCUCUUCCUGGCCGCGCAGUUCGGAUGGCUGCUGGCAGCUGGAGAUGUUGAGGCUGCCUUUCUCAACGGCAUCGAAUCCAAGAGGGGCCUUUACUUUGAGGUGCCGAAACGUGGACUGCCAGGGGUAUUGCCAAACUCCUUAAUUGAGAUUGUCAAAGGGGUCUUCGGGCUUUCAAAUUCGCCAAGGCUCUGGUGGGACAAGUUGGCCAAGGAGUUGUGCAACCUGAAGAUCAUGGUCAACGAGGUGGAACUACGACUAUUUCAUCACGAAUACGAUCCUUGUUUUCUACCUCUUCGCGAUCCUCAGGGACAACUUCGAGGAGCUCUCAUCACGCAUGUGGACGACCUCUUGGUGGCAGCACCCCCAGCAGAAAUGGCACAACUCCAACAAGCUUUGUCGAAGAUCUUCCCCAUCUCAGAGUGGGAAUCAGGUACCUUCGACUACACUGGAGCCACGAUCAAACAGUCUGAGGAGUGCAUUGAACUUCAUCAGACAUCCUAUGUCAAAGCGAGGCUGGAGACAGUGGAGAUGCCGAAGGACGUGGCACCUAGCAGUCAAGCAGACCAGGUGACCGCCCAGGACAACAUGAGCACCAUCGGCGCUCUGUCCUGGUUGGCCUCGCAGACCCGACCUGACUUGCAGGCCGGCGUGUCCCUGUCGCAGAGGAAGCAGAGAAGCCCAACCUACGAGGACGUGAAGCUGACCAACCGCCUGGUGAAGAUGGCGCAGAUGGGCAAGGAUGAGCCGCUCAAGUUCGUCAAGCUGGCGGACAACUUUGAUGACCUCAUGCUCAUGGUCUACCACGACGCGGCAUGGGCGAAUGCCCCUAUGGACCUGGACCUCGACGACCAUGAGGAUGUGAUCGCCUCUGAGGGACAAGGUGUCUAUUCCCAACUUGGACACCUCCUGGUGGUAACCUCCCGGCAGGCCCUUGGAGCAAAAGACUGUCCCAUGGCGAUUGUGGGCUGGAAGUCCCACGCAUGCCCUCGCGUGUGUAGGAGCACCUUUGCUGCCGAGACGAUGGCAGGCCUUGAGGGUUGGGAGGAAGCAUUGGCAUUCCGCUCUUUCGUGGCCGGCGUCCUUUCGCCUGAUCCUGCAAAAGCUCAAGAAGCAGAGGCCCGGAAACUCUUCCCUAUCGUUUCCAUGACAGACUGCAAGUCGCUGUAUGACAGCGUCCAUCGCCUUGGAGGACCAAAGGCGCCUAGCGAGAAGAGGCUGGUCGUCGACAUCACAGCACUUCGGAAAAUGGUCAAUGAAGAGGCGCAGUGGUGGGGCAGUCGCAUCAUCGGUGGGAAGACGCUCCGAUGGGUCCCAACAGGGAGUCAGAUGGCAGAUAUCCUGACCAAGGACGUGCGUCGCAUCCGCGACGGCAACAGCUUUGCGACGCGCUCGGUGGCCGCCAAGCAGCAUUUGCUGCUGCUCAACCAACUCGACUUCCUGUCCCAACGCGACGAGAUCCUUUGGGAGCGCAGUUCAAUGCCCGCCAUGGCCCCGUUGAUCCGACGUAAGUCCCUUGCUUUGCCGAUGGCUCUUUUGGUCAUGGCCUGUGUCAUGAUGCCGCCCGCCUUUACGGCCCCGGAGGACGUUGGUCCCGAGACGCUGCGGACGCUGCGCCAGCUGCGGCCUUUGAUCGGCGGCGCCGUGCUGACCUCGGCGCUGCUGGGCGCCAGCAGCCAGAUGGGCUGGAAGUCGCAGGACAACUUUGGGAUCACCGUGAAGAAAAUCAGCACCAUGUUUUGCAACCUUUUCGCCGUAUGGCUGGCCCUUUCGGCCAUUGCCGCAUUGAAGCAACCAGAGGGCUUUUUCCAUGAGGAUUGUCCGGUUUAUGGCAGUUUGAGUGAUUUCAGCUUGUCAGUUUGCCAGUCUCCAGAUGAGUCUGGAAAGCUUCACUGGGGAUGGAUCAUUGGUCAGGGAGGCGUUCCUGCAUAUGGCUCCAUGUCCCAGAAGGAUCGAAUUCCAUCAGGUGAUUGGCAGUGCUUUCAGGCUUCACCUCCAGGGCCCUCUCUGCAUUUCAUCAAGGAUGACCCAGAUGCUGCUGCCAAAGCCUAUCUCCAAGAAGCGCGGCAAAGGGCCAGCCGUGCCAAAACAUCCAACCCGCAGCUGGCGGUCACCGUUGAGGCCUUCCAAAAAUCCAUGGGUCCUGGCCUGCCCUGGCAGCAAUGUGCCCAGUUGAGGGUGGAGGUAGCCACCCUCCUCCACGACUGCGAGCAGAUGGAGCAGGCCUUGAAGCAGCUCAGGGCGGCCCAGGAGCUUUGGCCCAGCUGCCCUGAAGCUUUGUUGUUGAAGACGCGCAUCCUCCGCGAUGCCUUGCAGCCCAGUGAAGCCAGACUUGCUGCAAGACAAUGCCACAUGGUCCUCAGGAUGCUUGGUGAGAAGGGGGGCCAAAUACAGAAGGCUUGCGAAAGAAUAUUGCAAGAACUGGGAGAAGGCACGGUAUUGCCGGAGCAAUUCUUUCCCAAUUUUCUUGACUGUGAAGAUGCAGAUGUGAAAGAAAAGGCAAGUCAUAUAGCCGAUCUGGGGCCAACAAAAUGUGAUCUGAUUGUAGCUGUCAAAGUGUCAGGGUGCAGCAUGCCAAACGUCGAUGGAGUGUAUGAGCCCAGCCGUGUCAUUUCCAACCAGUUUGUUGUCUUUGAGAAUUCUUUUGGUUUCAGAUUGUCUUUGGAAACUAUGUCCAGGAAAAAUGCUGGACCUGAGUCUGUUGACAAGGGCUGGGUCAUUGGAAAGGGUGCAGUGGGAUUCUUCAACACAGCCAGCAGGGCGGACAAUGGGCUGCCAUCGGGUAGAUGGUUUUCUUUUCCAGCCGCUUCGGAAUGCACACCGCCCAGCUGCACCAUGUUCCGGCGUGCAGAGAUGGAGGACAGUAUUUUGCAGGUCCACAAUGCUCGGCUUGCUGGCCCAAGCGCUGAUGCAAGUGCCGUUGCUGCAGCAGCUUCGAUGUGCUUGAAGUUCUUGCAGCGGACAACAGUGGAUCUCUGGAAGGUGGCGUUCGUUUUGACCGAACUUGCUGGGGUGUUCCGGCAAUUGGGCCUUCACCACAGGGCCCUGGAAGCUGUUUCAAAGGUGUUGGAGCUGUGCCCUGGUCAUUGGGAGGCCUACCUGGAGGCUGCCUGCAUUCAUGCAGUGAUGCAGCACCCUUUCGAGGCCACAGUGCCACUGCGGCAGCUCCUAACGGCUCGACCUGCUGAUGGUCGGGCAGCGGCCAUGCUGGUGCAGCUUUGUGAGUCCCAGGACCUUGGAAAGGAGCUGGAAAUCUGGCUCAAAAAUCAUGCGGAAAGCCCCUUGGUGGCCGAAUACUUGGCAAAACGCCAAGGCGAGAAGUCAGAACUCAAAGCAGAACCAGAGGAUGGCAUGUUUGCAGACUUUCAGCUGGAGGAUCAGAGGGAAGAGGUCCAUGCUCAUUGGACCCUUCCAGGUCACAUCCGCAGCAAAGACGUUUCGGUGAACUUCAAGCAGGACUGGCUGUCGGUGCACGUGCAGGAGCAGCUGCUGUUUGAAGGUGACCUGGCGCACAGCAUCCGUCCGAGCGAGUCCAGUUGGACCUUCUCUUCGCCGCAUCUGACAGUGACGCUGUGCAAGUGCGCUCAGGCGGGGAAGUUUCGGCGCUGGGAGGUGCUUCAGAAAGAGGAUGCGGCCACCAGGCUGCAGCGCUUGGGCGGGUUGCCAUUUGAAGAGAAGGCCACCUUUACGUGGGUCAAGUCCCAGUACUUUACCACUUUGUUGGGACUUCUCAUGUUCUCGGUUGGCAUCACGACCACCAUUGCCGACUUCAAGGAAUGCCUGAAACGACCUGGUGCAAUCGCCAUCAAUUUCAUCUCCUGCUAUGUCAUCACCCCGGUGUUGGCAUAUGUAUUGGCAAAAGCCAUUGGAGCGGAUGGUCCGAUUCUGGCAGGUCUGGUACUGGUUGGAUCCAUCAACGGCGGACAAGCGUCAAACCUUUGCACUUUGAUCGCUGGUGGGGACGUAGCUCUGAGCGUGCUGAUGACAACGUCCACCACCCUGGGAUGCAUUUUCAUGACACCCUUGAUUUGCCACUUGGUACUGGGUGCAGUGGUUCCCGUCGAUGCCGCAGGUAUCGUUUGGUCCACCUUCCAAGUGGUGCUGUUCCCCAUCUUUUUGGGUGUGGGGCUCAACACCCUGGCGCCCAAGCUCUGCAAGGCUGUGUCUCCCUUCACUCCAGUGGUCGGAGUGAUCUCCACUGUUCUUCUCGUGGGCGCGUCCGUGGCCAAAUGUGCUGAGCCCAUCCAGUCGGCUGGUCUGCCCUUGCAGUUGGCCUGCGCUGCGCUGCACCUGGUGGGCGGUUUGCUGGGCUUUGUUGCCACCAAGAGUUCCGGCUUCGAUGAGCGCACCUGUCGCACGGUGGCCAUAGAGACGGCCAUGAAAUCCAGCGCCUUUGGCUUCCUCUUGGCCUCGCUACACUUUGGUGCUUUCAACGUGCGCGUGCCCAGCGCCGUCAGCGUGGUGUGGAUGGCAAUCGUGGGCAGCGUGUUGGCGGUCUACUGGAAGAGCCGGCCCGUGAAUGUGGAGAAAGCAGAUGCCAAAGGGGUCGCGUGUAUCUUGGCCACACAGUGCGACUCGCUGUGGCGUUUGGUUGGCACGGGAGUUCAACCUGCCAGCAGCAUGAUCUUUUUGCUGGACCAACUGCACAUGAGAGGAGCUGCACGUGAUAUGUUUGCGUCGACCGAAACUGCUGUGCGCGUGGCUCUUGCUGCAAAGCUGCCGACUGUCGAAAACUUUAACGACGCCUUGGCAGUAAGGCAUUAG